GUUUGCACUCACUCUGCCCUCCCAAGCUCCCCUCCCCAAAAGACUGGCAAGUAACAUGGCUGCUGCUGCUGUCGAGGAGAUUCGUGCGACAGCCUAUGUCGGUUUCGACUCUAUCACCUCACAGAUCGAGCACAAGCUCUUGAAGCGCGGAUUUCAGUUCAACGUGAUCGUCGUUGGACAAACCGGUCUGGGAAAGUCGACGUUGAUCAACACCAUAUUCGCGUCCCAUUUGAUCGACUCGAAGGGUCGUUUGGAAGCGGAUGAGCCUGUCAGACAAACCACGGAAAUUCAGGCCGUCUCGCAUGUUAUCAUCGAGAAUGGUGUCAGACUCCGCCUAAACAUCAACUGUUGGGACCCAAUUGUCAAGUAUAUCAAGGACCAACACAGCGCCUAUCUCCGCAAGGAGCUCACGGCCAUGCGCGACCGUCACAUUCAGGACACUCGCAUUCACUGUUGCCUGUACUUUAUCAGUCCUACUGGGCACUCCCUUCGCGCGAUCGAUGUCAUCGUGAUGAAGAAGUUGAGCGAAGUUGUUAACGUCGUGCCGGUCAUUGCAAAGGCAGACAGCUUGACGUUCGAGGAAAGAGAAGCAUUCAAGCAAAAGAUCCGCGCCGAGCUUGUAUACCACAACAUUCGCUUGUACCCCUUCGACACGGAUGAAAAUGAUGAGGAAGAGAUUCAGCUGAACGAGGGCAUCCGGAACAUCAUUCCGUUUGCUGUCGUUGGCUCUGAGCGCAACGUGAUCAUCGAUGGCAAGUCAGUUCGAGGUCGCAAAAACCGAUGGGGCGUGGUGAACGUCGAAGAUGAGGACCAUUGUGAAUUCGUUCAUCUCAGAAACUUCUUAACGAGGACGCACCUCCAAGACCUUAUUGAAACGACUGCACAGAUCCACUAUGAGGCGUUCCGGUCUAAGCAGCUACUUGCACUUAAGGAGGGCGUGCAGCAAAGGCCGCCGACCAACCAGUGAGAGGACGAGUGGGUCGGACAACUUUUUUCUUGAUCCCGCAGAGAGGCAGUUAUACCCAUCCAGUACCAUUCCUUACGCGCUCGUUUAGUCCCCCGAUAUUCUACUUGCAUGUUUUGACUCCGUUCUUUUUGAUACACCGAGAAGUUCGCUGCGAUACAUAUCAAUA